UGUUGGUAGUUGAAAAUAGUCAGAAGAAAAAAUUACUAAUUAGCAAUUGAAUUGUUUUCCUUAAACCUUUACCAAAUAACAUUAUUUGUUAUAAAUCGUACGGCAUAGAAUGACGAAUCAUAUUCGUUUAAACGUUUGCAUCACAAUGGAAAGUGGUUAAUGAUAAAUGUUGUACCUUUUGUUAUACUUAUUGGCUUGAAGCUGCAUAGAACACUGUCUACCCAGUAAACACUGGACAAUGUCAGAUUGAAGACGAUGGUUAAUCAGUCUCAAGUGUUUGCUGAAAAUCAUUGAACAUGACAAGGCUGACCAUGUUUAGAUCGAUAUCUUUUAGUAAGUUACGCGAAAAGCUUGCUAAACUAUCCAACAGUGUGUCAGAAAAUCGCAACCACAUCCGUUUAUUUGCCGAGUCAAUUGCCUAUUGUGUGGUAACCGGCAGUCUGGGAUGGCUGGCAUACGAGUUUCAUGAGACUGUAUUGACCAUUGAACAUUGUAUUCAAAAAGAUCCAAUGCUGUUGAACUACAAAGCACCAGAAUAUGUAUUUGUCGACAAAGCCACAUUCACUGGUAAACUUUGUCUUGGUGUCAAGAGCCACACGACACUUACAUGGUAG